AUGAGUGGAGCUAUUAUGCUCUGCUAUCGUAAAAUAAGUGAAUCCUGCUUUCCAAGAUUCCUGUCCAGAAAAGAGAGAGAGAGAGCAUUUAUAGAGAAUGGAAGCAGGGUACUUGAGAAGCUGGUUUCCACUUGUAAUGGCAAGCCUAUUCCCAUCCGCACCUUCUCAUUUGCAGAGUUGAGCAACGCCACAAAUAACUUUGAUCCUCAACUUGUUAUACGUGAAGAGUGGCCUUAUCAAUGGUAUAAAGGUUAUCUUGAAGGCCGAACCAUUUCCAUUAAGAAAGCGAUAUAUGACCGUGCAAAGGAGGAGGUGUUCACUGAUUUAGCAAUUUCUGCAAAGGUGAGUGCUCACAAGAAAGUUCUAAAGCUCGUUGGUUGCUGCCUCGAGACUAAAGUUGUCAUUUUAGUGUAUGAAUUUGCUGGGAAGGGAACCCUGAGGGAUCGAUUUAUAGUCUCUGAUGAACCCAUGACGAGGCAAAGUAGGUUAAAGAUGGCAAGGGAGAUUGCUCAUGCAACUUCAUAUCUCCAUACAGCAUUCUCUAGACCCAUCAUCCAUACAAAUAUCAAUCUCGACACUGUCUUUGUAGACCAAAAUGAUAUUCCAAAGCUAACUGGUUUCUCUUUUUCUUUAAUAAUACCUGAGGGUGAAAUUCAUGUAAAUGAUAAUUGGAAGCGUGGGAUGACUACUCUAUUCCAAAGCCCCAACUAUUUUGCUAUGGGCUGCAUAACUGAGAAAACUGAUGUCUCUUGCUUCGGUUGGCUGGAGUCUCGAGGCAGCAACCAACGAGCUUUAGAACAUUCUUGUGAGCACUCACCUUUGCAGAAAUUACUAGAUCAGUGA